UAUUUGGUUUUUUUUUCCCAUUUCCCUUUGUUCCUUUUGCAACUCCUUUUCACUUUUUUUACAAUGAAUAGGAAUCACGGCGAUCUUGAUGCUCUGGUUGACUAUUAUACCACCUAUAUACUGUCAUACAGCAAACAAACAAGAUUGAUUACGCUCGGAUGUGUUACCGCCUGUGUGUUGCUAUGUCGUGUUAUUUACAAUAUCAAUCGACCACCACCCCAGCUGAGGCAUCUUCCAUACAUCUCUUAUUUCGAUCUUAUCAAGUCCAUCCUCAUGGGUGAAUCCGUGUUCGAACUUCGGCAAAGAAAGGUGCUUCCCAUCAUCGACAAAGCCAACGGGCUUUACCUCCAACCCAUGCGCUCAGGAUGGACACUGUUCAGUACGAACCCAGGAGCCAAUAAAGCGAUAUUGACGCAGCCAGACCGUAUUCAGAAAAAGCAAGGGUUAUUCGGGUCAAAGUUCUCGCUUGUGGGUCGAUGGCUCGGGGGCAAUAACCUAGCCACCCUCGAAGGAGAGCAUUGGAGACGUCACCGAAGGGUUGCGAAUCCGGCGUUUCAUCGGACCAUGCCAAUCAAGCUCUUUGGUCAAUUGGCAGAGAAAAUGUUUUUGGCUAUCGAUACUGCAGAGCCCAUUGAAGUAACGGAGAUCACGUCGAGAGUGACCUUGGACGCCAUUGGCAUUGCUGGUUUUGGUUUUGACUUCCGAGCCAUUACGGAUGCUGAUAACGAAUGGGUCACGGCCUACAAAGAAAUCAAAAUGAAUAUUGUUCACCCUUUCUUUGGCGUCUUUCAGUCCUUUGAUCACCCCCGAUGGUUUUGGCUUUUCCGCAAACGUGCCGUCGUCCACCAACACAUGACCAAACUGCUCACGCUCCUGGACGGCAUGGUCCAGCAAAAGCGUAAAUUUAUCAGCCACAUGACCGACGAUGAUGAAAAGGACUUGUUGACAUUGAUGAUUGAAGCGGAAAAGAAUGGCGAAGGGUAUCUCUCGGACGAAGAGUUGCGCACAACCAUUUGCGGCUUCUUCCUUGCAGGUCACGAUACAACGGCCAAUACAUUGGCAGCAAUUAUCUACCGCUUGGCGGUCAAUCAGGAUGCUCAACGAAAAGCCCGAGCGGAAGUGGAGGAAAUUCUUGGAUCCGCGCCUGAAAAUGUGAUACCCAACGUUGACCAACUCAAACAGUUGAAAUAUACCCUCAAUGUUAUCAAAGAGGCUUUGCGCAUGCAUCCGCCUAUUUUUACCUCGCUUUCACGUCGUCUCAUGGAGGAUACCGUAUUGGCGGGCCAUGUCAUCCCCAAAAACACGCUUGUUCAAGCCGACAUUAUCACGACCCAACGCAAUCCUCAGUAUUGGGAUGACCCCGAGGCUUUUGAGCCUGAUCGGUUCCAAGUGAGCGAAAGUACCAAGAAUGCCGAAGCUCAAGGCUUGGUGUGGUCGCCGUUUGGUUAUGGCAGCCAUCAGUGUAUCGGUAUGAACUUUAGCUUGAUGGAACAGCGGGUGAUUCUGGCCAUGUUGUUGCGAAAAUAUGAAUGGACACUACCUCCCAAUACCAUGCAUAAAACCGAUCUGCGAACAUUCGGAUAUGGCAUUGCGCAUCCCAAGAAUGUAUAUAUCCAAUUCAAAGCGCGUUACUAGAUCACGUCCAUCGAACAAACCGGCAAAAUUUUUUUGCUGAUGAUUUUACCCUCUUUUACUUUUUCUUUCGUUGCUAUCCCCUUUCCAAGCCAUUCCUUGUCUCUCAAUAAAGUGUGUAAUAGAUGUCUUCGACUACG